CAGAGAGUGCGAGUGUAGAGACAUGGCAUGACUUUGCUGAAGAGGCAGAGCAGACACGCCAUUGACACGCGCCGUGACUUCCACGGCCGUUAGCUGGAGAAACGCCUCGGACUGGGUCCUGCAGUAGCGCCGUUCUCGGAGCACCCUGGCCGAAAAUGUCCUUCGCCAUGGAGUCAUCGCGGACUUGCUUUGUGUUCCGCAUCGCAAACUCCGAUCUCGUGUCGCACCACAUAUAAGACGUCGAGGAAACAGCAUUCACGCCAGUUCGUUCAAUUGACUCACCACCCUCCUCACACCUCUCUGCCCACUCACACCCCCCACCAUGACCUACCCCACACUCCACGCCCGCGCUGAGGCCAAGCUCUUCGAGCACCGCUCCUGCCUCACACCCACCACGGUCAAGAAGCUCCUCGCCGCCGGCUACCCAGUCCUCGUCGAGCGCAGCUCCACCAACCCAGAUCUCGACCGUAUUUUCAAGGACGAGGAGUUUGAGCAGGCAGGCGCGACCCUCGUCGACGAGGGGUCGUGGAAGAAUGCGCCCAACGACCGCAUCAUCAUCGGCCUGAAGGAGCUGCCAGAGGAGGAGCACCCGCUCGAACACACAUUCGUCCACUUUGCGCAUUGCUACAAGCAGCAAGGCGGCUGGGAAACAGUGCUCGCACGAUUCCCAAGAGGUGGGGGUGUGCUGUAUGAUCUGGAAUUCUUGCAAGACGAGAGUGGUAGGCGUGUUGCGGCGUUUGGAUACCACGCUGGUUUCGUUGGUGCUGCGCUCGCCAUCAAGACAUGGGCAUGGCAGCUCACACACCCCAACGGCGAGCCCCUCCCCGGCAUCGAGACCUUCACCGACGGCCGCGGCUACUACAACAACGAGACUGAGCUCCUCACCCAGCUCAAGGAGGACGUCGCGGCCGGCGAAAAGAUUUCUGGUCACAAGCCCACCUCCCUCGUCCUUGGCGCCCUCGGCCGCUGCGGCUCCGGCGCUGUCGACUUGCUCGAGAAGAUCGGCUGCCCUGAGAUCAAGAAAUGGGACCUGCCCGAGACCAAGUCGCGCGAUGGCCCGUACCCAGAGAUUCUCGAGUCAGACAUCUUUGUCAACUGCAUCUACUUGUCCAAGCCCAUCCCACCAUUUGUCGACCAGAAGAGUCUGCAGAAGGAGGGCAGGAAGCUGAGCGUCGUGUGCGAUGUCAGCUGUGACACCACCAACCCACACAACCCCAUCCCCAUCUACAACAUCAACACAACCUUCGACAAGCCAACGGUCGAAGUCAAGGUCGAGGGCAAUGGUCCAAGGUUGAGCGUCAUCUCCAUCGACCACCUGCCAUCUGCUCUACCUCGCGAGUCUUCCGAAGCGUUCAGCAAUGCGCUGCUUCCCAGCCUCAUGGGCCUGAAGGACCGCGACUCGACACCGGUCUGGCAGGGCGCUGAGAAACUGUUCACCGAGAAGGUGCACACGCUGCCUGGUGGCGUGCCCAAGAAGGAGGUAUAGACUUGCGUGCAUGGUACUAGGCACAAAGUGGAACCAAACGAAAUGAAA